GGACGGUGAAGUCACAAGGUAUGUUUGUAAAGAUAGUAGACAUUUUUUUUCACAAGUUUCUUUAUGCCUUUUUUAUGUUAUCAAGAUAUAUCAGAAUAUUAUAUCUUGCAGGUUCACAAAGAUGAGCAAACAAAAAUUUGUUACGUUUUAACUACCGCAGAGUAUUGUUUAGAAACCACGCAACAGUUACAAGAUAAGCUAAAGGAGAAAAUUGAUCCUUCCUUGGCAGACCAGAUAGAUUUUUCUAAGGGGCAAGAUGACUUCCACAAAGUAAUCUCGAAUUGUAUACAGAUUUUGGUGCAAGAUUUUGGAAAAUGCUUGUGAACCUGCCCUAACAGCUAUGAGUAAGAUUCAAUGGCAGAACUUCGAUACAGUUGGAGACCAAAGUCCGUACAUCACAGCGAUAACACACAUCUAAAAACGACAGUUCCUAUAAUCAGAGAUAAUUUAUCGCAUUCCAGAAAAUAUUUCACCAAGUUUUGUAUCAAGUUUGUGGAUAGUUUCAUUCCAAAGUUUAUUCAAAGUAUUUAUAAGUGCAAACCGAUUAAAUCAGAAGGUGCAGAACAGCUUUUGCUUGACACUCAUAUGUUGAAGACGGUCCUGUUGAAUCUGCAUCGAUUGCUUCUCAGAUUAACCAUCCUGCGCAGCAGCAUAUACAAAGGUGGUUACAAAAGGACUGACAAAAGCAGAAAUGAUUUUGAAAGUGGUGAUGACACCUGCUGAUCCUCCGAAGAAUUUUGUAGAGCAAUAUAAAAUGCUGCUUCCCGACUGUCACUUAACAGAGUUUAUAAAGUUCUGGAGAUGAAAUGCGUCAAGAGACAAGAACAGGCUGUGCUGGUAGAAUUGUUUAAAAGCUACAAAUAAUUAUACGUACUCAAAUAUGUAAAUUUUAGUUUAAAGUAUUUUUAUUUAUUUUGUUCAUAUAUUGUUUACGUAAUUUAUGAUGAGUAUUGAAUUAAUAAAUUUCUAUUGAC